GCAAACUGCCAGGAAAUGUCCAACGUAAAUGGCAGUGCAAUCACAGAAUUUAUUUUACUUGGACUCACAGAUCGGUCAGAACUCCAGCCUCUGCUCUUCGUGUUGUUUCUGGUUGUUUACCUCAUCACUGUCCUAGGCAACCUGGGCAUGAUAAUGUUAAUCAGACUGGACUCUCGCCUUCACACACCCAUGUACUUCUUCCUCACUAACUUAGCCUUUGUGGAUUUGUGCUAUACAUCAAAUGCAACCCCGCAGAUGCUGGCUAAUAUCAUAUCUGAGAAGACCAUUUCCUUUGCUGGCUGCUUUACACAGUGCUACAUUUUCAUUGCCCUUCUCCUCACUGAGUUUUACAUGCUGGCAGCAAUGGCCUAUGACCGCUACGUGGCCAUAUGUGACCCUCUGCACUACAGUGUGAAAAUGUCCAGGCGAGUCUGCAUCUGCUUGGCCUCAUUUCCCUAUGUCUAUGGCUUCUCAGAUGGACUGUUCCAGGCUACCUUGACCUUCCGCCUGAGCUUCUGUAAUUCCAAUGUCAUCAACCACUUCUACUGUGCUGACCCACCACUCAUUAAGCUUUCUUGCUCUGAUACUUAUGUCAAAAAGCACGCGAUGCUGAUCUCAGCUGGCUUGAACCUCUCCAGCUCCCUCACCAUCAUUCUGAUGUCCUAUACCUUCAUUAUUGCCACUGUCCUCCGGAUCAAAUCAGCAGAGGGAAGGCACAAGGCAUUCUCCACCUGUGGUUCCCAUAUGAUGGCUGUCACCCUGUUUUAUGGGACUCUGUUUUGCAUGUAUGUAAGACCACCAACAGAUGAGACUGUUGAGGAAUCUAAAAUAAUAGCUGUCUUCUACACCUUUGUCAGUCCGGUGCUUAAUCCAUUGAUCUACAGUCUGCGGAAUAAAGAUGUGAAGCAGGCCUUGAAGAAUGUCCUGAGAUGAAGUAUGGUCAUGACCAUGGCAAUAUCUUCACCUUCUAAUAAACCAUAAGUCAAAAACUUUGGCUCAAAUGUACUUGCAUUUUGAUGAUGAGUUUUAGUAACAUCAUUGAUGAUGAUGACUCUGUAAGUAUGUCUUCAGUAUCUUAGCUAAAAAUCUCAUGUUGGAGAAAAAUGAGCUGCAUUUAUUUUUCUAUGCCAUGUUUCAUAAGUUGGUCUUCAUCCAGUAGCAUUGACAUUAGCAUGGAGGCUAAUACAACAAACAACACCUAAUUUGAUACAACAUCAAAUUAAUUAAUCAUUAGAAAGAAUUUACUACAAAUAUAUAAGGGCAUCUCUCAGCAUUCAGGGAAAAGAGUGCAGCUAGAACUCAGGAAACAAUCAAAAUGCAGGAUGCAAAGGCCCAAAAACUUACAUCUCAUUUUCCAAUCUGUAUCUGUUUGUUGCUGGAAUAUAUUAGCCUGAUAAUUUAAACUUAAUGUAAUGAUUAAGUUUAAAUAUGAACCUUAUUUUCUACAACCUUGCUAUUUUGUCUUCGUUUUAGCAGAGUUUUUAAAUUUGUUUCUUACAUUCCCUAAUAUUUAAUACAUUUAAUAGGUCAAGUAAGAAAUAUCUGUGAGUUUUAUUUUUGUUUUUUAUUACACUGGCUACACUGAUAAUACAAUGUGGAAUGAAAGUAUUGAGCAGAUAUCUAUGCUUUGUUUCCCAUCUAUUUAAUAUAUUACCAGGUUGUAUAAAGAUAGUUAUAGACUCUUCAUUGAUGUAUUUUAUCCAUUUGAAUGUUUCCUUCUAUUAUUUUUGCUUAGAAACUUUGUUAUUAGUUGAUACUAAAUAAUGUGAAAAGUAGUUUCAGCAUCUAUUGAUUAAUCCUGUGGCCACUCCUUUAUUCUGUUAAUGUGGUGUUUAAUUGUGUUUACCUUGCAUUCCUGAGUUUACAUAAAAUUAAUUGUAUUAUUUUUUUCUAUCAGUGGAUUUGCUUAGUUGAAGUAUUUCUGAAACAUGAAAUAGUCUUAUGCACAUUUAGAAGAAAUAUUUGUUCUAUAACUUAACUUUUUCUAAUGCCUUGAUCAGGUUUUAAUAGUGUGUUUAUAAAACAAGGUAGGAAAUGUUGCUCCUUCCUGUAUUUUUCUAAAUGUUUGAGUAAGAUAAUGAUCAUUUCCUCUUACGUAUGUGUUAAAAUUUGUAAGUGAAAUCACUGGGAUCUAGAGAUUCCUUUGUGGAAAGUUUUGAUUGUGAUUUUAAUUUAUUUAAUAGAUAAGGAGCUAUCCAAGUGGUCUGCUUGUGUCUAUUUUGGUGUUUUGUGUCUUUCAAGGAAUUUGUCCAUUUCAUUUGUAUUGACAAAUUAAUUGUUUAUAGUAUUUUCUUAGUGUCUUUUUAAUGUCUCUACUAUCUUUUAAAAAUAUCUUCUUUUCUAAUCCUGAAAUAAACAAUUUGUGUUUUCUCAAAUUUUUGGGGGGCAUCAGUCUGCUAGUAGGAUUAUCAAUUUAGUUACACUAUCAAAUAACUGACUGUUUUUUGUUGUUCUUUAAUUACUGAUUUAUUUUCUAUUUUGGUAGUUUCUGCUGUUACUUUCUUAGUUUUACUUUCAUGGCAUUUGUCUGUAUCUCCUUUUAUCAUUUUUUUAAACUGGUAGUUUAGAUUUUUGAUAUGAGACUUUCUUAUUUUCUCAUAUAAAUGUUUACAAGUAUGUAUUUUCCCUUAUU